GACAAAACUGAGCGUUAAACUUCAAAAGCACUUCGCUUUUGCUGGUAGAAGCACAAGAACUUCACUUUUUGGUUCCACUUUCAGAUAUGGGAUUCAGACAUGCAAAACCGCAGGAGCUUUUAUCCUCUCAAUUUCCAAACCCAUGUUGGAUUUCUAUGUCCAAAUCCGAAACUGGGACCAUCGGUCCAAGGAAGAAGGCGUUUCGUAAUUCGAAUUGGUUCGAAUUUUACAUCCGAGAGCAAUGUAAAGAGGGUAGAGUCCAUCAUGAUGAUGCUAAAAGGUUCUUUCGUGAGUUGAUUCGGAUGCAACCAACACCCUCUGUUGAUACAUUCAAUCACAUAUUUAAGUCCGUAAUGGAACUUAGGCGAUAUCAGGACGUGUUUUUGAUGCGCAGAAAGAUGAAUUUCGUAGGAAUUGGACCUGAUUUGUGUACGUUGAACACUUUGAUAAAUUGUUCUUGUCAUUUGAAUAAUGUGAAUUGUGGGUUCGGUGUGUUUGGGGAGAUUUUGAAGAGGGGUUUUGAGGGGGACUCGGUAACAGUGCUUGCUUUGGUUAAGGGGAUGUGUGGGGUGGGUGAGGUGGUGAGUGCAGUCCAGUUGCUUGAUAAAAUGUCUGACAACGGUGUUCAAGCCGAAGUGUUCACCUAUGGAAUUCUUAUUAAUGGGCUCUGUAAAAUUCGCGAGACAGGUCUUGCUGUUGAGUUGCAUAGAAAGAUGUUAAAGAUGAAUGUCAAGUCAAAUGUGCUAACUUAUAGCAUGAUCAUUGAUUCCCUAUGCAAGGAUGGCUUAGUUACUGAUGCACUAGAACUGUUUUCUGAAAUGAAAGGGGUAAACAUUUCCCCUGAUGUUGUUGCAUAUAACUCUUUGAUUAAUGGGUUGUGUAUGCAAGGCAGGCUGAUGGAAGCUGUGAACUUUUUCAAUGAGAUGGUGGGUCGAGGAAUUUCAGCAGAUGCAGCCACUUAUAACUCUUUAAUUCACGGUUUUUGCAAGUUUGACUUCUGGAAAGAAGCUACAAGAAUUUUCUGUCAUAUGGUUGGACAAGGUAUUUCUCCUGAUGUUAUAACAUUUACAGUGAUGAUAGAUUGUCUGUGCAAAAAGGGGGAGGUUGGGAAAGCUCACAAGUUACUCGAACUGAUGAUUAGGCUUGGCAAGAAGCCCAACAAUUAUACUUACAAUUCACUCAUCCAUGGACUAUGUAUGUCGGGCCAGUUGAAUGAGGCAGCAAAGGUUUUCAAAUCCAUAGCUGAUAAGGGUGGAGAGCCCAAUGUUACUACCUACAAUAUGUUGAUUAAUGGUUAUUGCAAACAUCAGAUGAUUGAUGAUGCCCUAGGGCUUUUUCAGGAAAUCCGUUGUAACAGCUUGAAGCCCACAACUGUGACUUACAGCAUACUAGUAGGAGCACUAUGCCAGAUAGGGAGAGUUGGGACUGCACGGGAACUAUUCAAGGAGAUGGAAGUUUGUGGCCUAUCUCCUGAUUUACGUGCAUAUUCGGUUCUGUUGGCUGGGCUCUGCAGAAAUGGACACAUCGAGGAAGCAAUAGAUCUGUUUGAGUCUAUAAAGUGUACCGAGCUUGAAUCUGAUAUUGUGAUCUCCAGCAUACUCAUCGAUGGAAUGUGUAGGGCUGGUAAACUAGAGGAAGCAAGGAAACAGUUCAUUGAAUUGUCAAACAAAGGUUUAGUGCCUGAUGUAGUAACAUAUAAUAUAAUGAUCAAUGGCCUCUGCAAGGAAGGGAUGUUAUCAGAAGCCAAUGAAUUGCUUCUGCAAAUGGAGGAUAAGGGUUGCUCGCCAGACUCGAUCUCAUUCAAUAUCGUCAUUCAGGGUUUCCUUAGAGAAAAAGAAAUCAACAAAGCAUUGCAGCUUCUGGUAGAGAUGCGCAGUAGAAACUUAAAGCCCAAUGAUGCAGUGAUUUCAGAUUUCAUGCACUUUGUCUUGGUGGACAAACAAUCCCGUGCAAGCCUCGAGUCACUUUCUAAUAUUCUUUAGGAUGAUUUGUGCGUUGUAAAAUCUGUAUAUCAGGGGCCAAAAGACACCAUCUUCUUUCACUAACCUUAUUUGUUUAGGCAUGGUAUAGUUUAGUUCCAUUUUUUCAAUAUAAUCUGACUAGUCUGUUAGCUGAAGUGAGUGGGGUGGUCUAGUUGCAAUCAAAUGCUGAGAUUAAAUGUGAUCAAUGGUUGAGAUUAUUCAGGCAGUUUUUUUGCUUGUUUGUUAGAUAUUAGUUUUACACUUGUACAAAUACGGUGACCUCCUUUCAUUUAUGCUAUUCUUCUUUUCUGUAUUUUUCAGG